GCGAAUCCUAAGCUCGUAAGUCCUCUCUCUUUCUCUCUCCUGUUUUUCUCUCUCUAAAAAACAUGUAAUAUUUAUUCAUUCCUCUUUUGUUAUCUAUAGGAUUAUAUAUACAAUUUCUAGAAAUUUUCUUUUCUUCAAUUUGUUUUAGCUUUUAGGGUUCGUUCGGACCCGGUGGGACCACCCCCUUCCAAGCCCUUACCCAUCUUUCUGGAUCCGAACAAUUUCAAUGGGGAUGUUGUUUUCGUUCUUUUUUGAUUCUAGGGUUUCGCUUCUGCGCUUCCGUCGAUUUCUCGAAUCAGAUAAAAGAUGUUAAAUGUUCUUGAGUUGGAUUUGUGGUUUGGUAUUGCAUGAUUGUUCGGGAUUGGGUUUUGAUUGGAUUUAGCUUUCGUCUGGUUUUUGAAAUUGUUUGCUUGAAUUUUAUAAGUAAUCUUGAGAAGGACAAAUAUAAAUUGUAAAUUGAAGUUGAGUAAGAAACGACAAGAUUUAUACGGACUACAUUCUGGACAUGACAUAUUGCAUAUAUGGUACGAAUUAAGGUGUCUCAGUUGAAAAUUGUCUUGAAAGUUGGGCUUUUUAAUGGUCAGAGCAGAAGUUUUUGGAUAAGCAAGAGUUGAUAUGAGUACAAUCUGGGAAUUCAAUUUAUGGCACCUACUAUCCCGAUAGAUUACACAGGGCACAGGGAAUCGCGAAAGUUCUCAAAGACUGGGUCGGUGGUUAUGAUGGGGAAAACACGGAAAGUUUCCAAGGGUCACUCCACUGGGUUUGUACCAGAUUAUCGUCAUGCAGUGGAGACAAUGGCUGAAUCAGAAGGUUUUGGGAGCUCUGGCCGGCUUGACACCGAGUUGGCUGCUUCGCAGGAUUCUUGUAUUCCUAGUACCAAACGCAUUGGCUUGAAUGUGGAUGGAUAUGAUAGGUCUGUUGUGCCCAUUAGGUUCUUAUCACUAUCUAAGAUGUCAACCUUGGAGAGGAGGGAUUUAGAGGUGAGGUUGAGGAGUGAGCUUGAACAAGUCAGGAAACUUCAGAGGAAGAUAGCUUCUUAUACUUUAGAUGCUGCAGAUGUUUAUAGUUUUCAAAAUGGAGCAAAGAGACCUGCUACGGUUGAAAGCUUGCCAAUGUCUACUAAUGAUGCGCCUACGGCGCCAGGAAAGAAAAAAUGUACUUCUAUAAGAAAUGGGCCGCGCACUAAAGGCGGGCCUGUGGCAGCCAGGAGAAAUGAAUCAGUGAAGCAGGGCCCUCCACAGAGUACAAGUUUUGUUAUGGUGAUGAAACAGUGUGAGGCACUGUUAACUAGGCUGAUGGCGCAUCAGCAUGCGUGGAUCUUUAACGAUCCGGUGGAUAUCGUAAGACAUAAUAUACCAGAUUACUUCAAUGUAAUUAAACAUCCGAUGGAUUUGGGGACAGUAAAAAGUAAGUUACUUUCAAAUCAGUAUUCAAGUCCGGCGGAGUUUGCUUCGGAUGUAAGACUCACGUUCAAAAAUGCAAUGACCUAUAACCCCCCUGGACAUGAUGUUCAUAUUAUGGCUGAGGUAAUGAGUAAAUACUUUGAAGUGAGGUGGAAACCAAUUGAGAGGAAAAUUCCACCAGCAGGAGAUGAAUCCACAUCAAAGUCAAGUGUCAUUAUAGAACCUGAGAGUGCGUUUGUGCCUCCUUCCAGGAAGCAGAAAACUGUUUCCAUGGAAAACAAGGUGAAGCAAGAAAGAGAUAAGCGGGCAAUGACUGACGUUGAGAAACAAAAACUGGGUGUGGAGUUGGAAUCAUUAUUGGCGGAAUUGCCUGACAAUAUAGUCAAUUUUAUGAAAGAGAGCACUCUAAAUAGUAGUCAAGUCAGCGAGGAUGAGAUAGAAAUUGACAUUGACACUCUUAGCGAUGAUACACUAUUCACCUUGCGGAAACUUUUGGAUGAUUAUCUACUGGAGAAGCAGAAAAAACAAGCACCGCUGGAGCCCUGUGAAAUUGAGAUGCAAAAGGAAUCAGGGUUUAGAAACCUCUCUAGCUGCAAAGACCAUGAGCCAGCUGAUGAGUAUGUGGAUAUUGGUAGCGAUGAUCCUCCACCUAUGUCCAGUUCUCCUCCAAUAAAGAUUGAUAAGGAUACUGGCCGAAAAAACAGUAAUUGCACUAGUUCAAGAAGCUCCAGUAGUGAGUCAGGAUCCUCAUCCACGGAUUCUGAAAGUUCUUCCGCCAGUGAAGUUGACGGUGUCAAAAAUUCAGUUCCUGCAAGUGUUGUGAAUAAAACUGUAGAUACUAGAGUAGAACGGAAAGACAGUUGCCUUGGCGAUCCAAAUGUUGGAGACCCUUUGCAUGGGAAUGCUCAGGACAGUUCAGUGGCAAACUCUUACUCUAUGGAGCCGCCCAACUGUCGCCAAGAGGGGGAGAGUGCUCCACCAGAAAGGCAAGUCUCCCCUGAAAAGCAAUACCGUGCAGCUUUAUUGAGAAGCCGAUUUGCUGAUAUCAUAAUUAAAGCUCAAGAGAAUACCAUUGAAAAAGGAGGAAAACCAGAUUCUGAGAAAUUGAAGCUCGAGAAAGAGGAGCUUGAAAGGCGAAGAAGAGAAGAGAAAGCCCGAUUACAAGCCGAGGCCAAAGCUGCAGAAGAGGCCAGAAAAAAGGCUGAAGUUGAAGCUGCAGCAGAAGCCAGAAGGAAAAGGGAACUUGAAAGGGAAGCCGCUCGCCAAGCUCUGCAGCAGAUGGAGAAGACUGUUGAUAUCAACGAGAAUAGUCAGUUUAUGGAAGAUCUGGAGAUGUUCAGGUCUGCUCCAGACGAGCACUUACACAGCUUCAUAGAGGAGGCAAGCCCUGAAAACUCUCUGAAAGGUCUUGGUAGUUUCAAGUUUCGGGCAAAUAGUAAUCCAUUGGAGCAACUUGGGUUGUACAUGAAAAAUGAUGAGGAGGAGGAGGAAGAAGUCGAACCUCAAAGCAUUCUCGAUACUUCAAAUGAUCCUGAAGAAGGAGAGAUUGAUUGAUCAAUUACUUCCAAUAUCUAGGAAAAACUGCGAAGGAAAUCUGAAGUUAUCCCAAUGUUUCCCAGAGAUCUUUCCAGAUUCAAGUCUGUCUUUCCUGUUCUUGGGAAUCAUUGGUGUUUUGCGAAGCUUGCUUUAAAGCUGAUUGGACCAUUGAACGGAAUGAAGCUUCUACAGGAGUUGAUGCUUAUUUUUGGAUGAUUUUGGUUUCAGACUCAGGUGCAAAGCGUUCGUCUCUCUUGCCAUCAUUUUUUCCCGGGACAUUUUUUCUUGAGGACGAGCCUAGCACAAAAUUGGUUCGUGUGUCUGAGUAUCAAACCUACUGCAAUUCUUCAAUUUCCUUAUCCUUGUUUCUUUUCUUUUGUGUGGAUAAUUUUUCUUUACAUCUGUAGAGAUGGAAAUAGAAAUUAGAUGGGAGUGAAUGUGUAGCAAAUGGCGGUAGAGGAUUAGGAAAGCAGUUUUGUUGCAUGUCGUGUAUCAAUUCAAGGAGCGCAUGCGCACAUAGUAAGAGUUGUAAUGGAAAUUCCAUUCUCAAUCUAUUAUUCCAAGUGUCUUAAGUUUC